AUGGAUGACGAUAAAUCCAAGAAGGACAACGAUUCAAACAUGGGGGACGAUUCAGAUAUGGACGACGAUGCUCUUCAAGGUAUAUAUUCUAUAAUUACGAUUCUUGUGUUGCAAAUUAAACAUACGUUACAGCUAGAAAUAUUUGGUAGUUAAAAAAUCUAGAUGUUCCACUCUAGCCGAUACAUUGAUGUUUAUUUAUUUAUUUAUUUAGCUUCGCCUUAACAAAAAAUUACACAAUACAAGCACAACAAUUCAUAUACACGAGACAUAAAAAGAGGCGGGGACACCACAACAGUUUACACCAAUUACUGUGGGCCCUUAAUGUGAUUAAAAUGUUAUUAUAAGAAAUGAAUUGCGUGAUGUAAAUGUCGAGAUAAAUGUGUUAUUGUGUUUCCGGACCGAGAUCUUAAUAAAUAUCCUGCAGACGAACAUUGCCAUGAGUGGAUUUGAUUGUAAGAGUCAGUGAGCGAAUUUAGCAUAUAGUUGUUAAAUACAUAAAAUUCAUAAAACAAAGCGUGUGUGCACAGGUCGAACCAGCCGUAUACAUCGUUGAAGGUAGAUAACGAAAUGUACGACUGUCAUUCAGUCAUAUAUCUUUAUACAAUACAAAGAAAAUACAAUAUUAGUGGUAUCUCACCUUUAUACAAUAUUAGUGGUAUCACUCACCAUCCCCAUUGGCCAUUUGCCAAUUAUGAACCAGGACUUAAAUAACGCAAGUAUUGCGACUAUUUUAGAGGAUGAUGAUCUCAGCACACAAAAAGAUUUGUACGAAAGAACCAAGAAAUCAGGAGGUAAGGUUCGUGGAGCACGUUUUCGUUUUCAUUGUUCUGUUUUACAUUCUUCUUGCACUUAUGGGUCCGAACUCCUUUGUCAGUUUUCAUUUUUAUACCACAAAAACAUUUAUUAGCAUACUCCAGUAAUGUUUAAACAACACAGCAUACCAGGAAAGAGCUUGUAAAAGGCAAUGUUUGCACCCAUAACAUACGCUAAAUAAAUACCGUCACUAGUUUGAACAGGGAUUAAAAUUAUCGUCAGCCACCAAUUAGAAUUAGUUUUGCAUUUCUGCCACAAUAGCCUCGUUUCCAUGUUUUAGCAUGACAGGUGCACAUGAGUUGUUUCUCUUUGAUAUUCAAUCAGAAACCUUCUUAUAACUAUUGUGCUCGAUACAUGAGAAAUAAAAACGAGGCCGUUGGAACAAGAGUGCAAUAAACAGUACAGUCUGCUAAGAAAGAGCUUGAGGUUGUUGUACCUAAUAGGGUAAACAAGUUUUUAAUAAGUAAGUAACUUUUUUUCAUAUAGUGUAUGUAAUGACAGUAAGUGAGAAAAAUGGAAGACGUAUUUAUGAAAAACGAAACAGUUGCUUUUUUUGUGGAAAAGAAUUCGCGAAACUUAGUCGUCAUUUUUUCCAAGUACACAAAGACGAAGAGGAAGUGGCAAAAGUAAUGUGCCUAAAAAGACCGACAAGGCCCGGCAAUUGGGGCUGGAGAAGUUGACCAGAAUGGGCAACUUCAACCACAAUUUAAAAGUGCUGGUAUUACAGAAAGGAGAGUUGAAGGUGGUACAGAGACCUGGACAGAACAUGGACAAUAACCCCACAAAUUAUUUACCCUUGCCAGUUCUGCCAUGGAUUUUUUCAAAAAAAAAAUCUUUAUCGGUACAGCCCCAAUUGCCCUUUGGCAGAAAAUGUGGAUCAGCAGAACGUUUGAUCAAAAAAGCUGCAAUAUGCUGGAAAGUUACUUUUGGCGUCCAAUAAAUUUCCCACGGGUUGCAGCCAAACGCUAUCGGACAGAGUUUUGUCUAUAAUGGCUCUGGAUGAUGUCAGUACAGUUGCUCAAUCCGAUGAAACCAUUCUCAUUGUUGGUUCCACAUUGAUAGAAAAACGUGGAUCAGGAAAAGCUGUCGAAGUGUCAUAACAAAUGCGACUACUUGGUCGUUUGCUGAUUAAGGGUAGAGAGCUUUGUGGAACCCCAUCUGUAUCUCUCUGUGAGAUCUUGAAGCCAGGUCAUUUUGAUGAUCUCAUUGCCAGCGCAAGAUCUCUCAGGGAAUACUCGGGUACAUCAAGUGCCCAGAAUACAGAUCGCUUCAAGGCACCAUCGACAGCGGUCAAAUGUGGGUAUGCCUUAAAAAAAGCCGCAUUUGUUGUAAAAGGCCAAGCUUUGAGAAACAAAGACAUGGCAACAAAAAGCGAGAUAGAUCUGUUCCUUGAACUGUACGAGACCGAAUGGAGUGCUAAGGUAACAAGUCAGGCACUUCAAACCCUCACGUUUAAAAAGCACAACAAACCACAGUAUCUUCCUGUCACCAAUGACCUUUUAAUAUUAAGAAAAUUUUUGAUCGAAUACAUCCCAGCCCUUACAGAGGAGGUCCGCAAGAAUCCGGUUAAAGAAAACUGGCAAUUUUAA